AUGAGGUCCUUUGUUAGUCUUUCAAUUCUCUUGUAUCCACUGUGCAUUCAUGCCGCGGCGUUUGUUGACGGGCGACACCCACUGUUUGGCUUGAGAGGAGGAGCUGAUAAGGACAAUGACUACGACCGUGCUGAAAAGGCAAUCUUCCACGGCAUUGAGCAGGUAGAAGCGAAGUUACAAAAGGCUGUCGAAGACGAAGUUCACUCGAUUUUCGACGAGGCAAGUGAUCACCACCACCGCACGCAAGUUGCGGAUCACGCCAAGGCGGCUGUGACCAAAGGGAGCUCCAAAAUCAAAGAGGCCGCCCGAGAGCAUUCCAAGGCUCGUUCGAUGCCGUUUCUGCCAAAACACGCCACGAAAGAGGAAAACGACGAUCACAAGAUCCUACAUGCCAUUGAAGCCGCCGAGACUGCUGUCUUGCACGCUGUCCAAGACGAAGUGGACAGUCUGUUCCAUGCCAUUGGCCAUGAAGACGACCAUCCACUCCAAUCGAGCUGCCCCAAAAAGGCAAAAAAGACCAAGGAAGGAAUUCAAAAGGGACUCCAGAAAACCAAGGAGCACGUCGAAGAGGCCCACGAGGAACGAAAGCGAUGGAUGCGCGAUUUGGACGCCCCGGAGAUUGACGAUUAUCUCAAGUCUGUCAACAGUAUGUAUGGAAUGGGGUUCUAA